CCACUUGUCGAAUCGACUGGACGACUCUGAUUUGUUGACAUGGCUAUGAUCUUUUUGAGCUAUUUUCUGCAGAAAGAGAGUAUGGUGCGAGGAGACAAGGCGAACCAGCUGGAGCAGUCUAGCAAACGACAAAAACUGGUGAAAAGAAGCCAUGGCAGAAACUGGAAAGGGAGGAGAAAGCCAAGCCCAGUCGUUUCUGCGAAUUUUGACUUUAAUUUGACUCACAAUGAAUAAUACCUACUGCGUUGAGGGAGUUAAAUUUGAUACGUGGCACGUUUAUAACCAUACGUUAAUGGAAAUUAAAUCUGAAUUUAACUUAACUAACACCUAAACUGUGUAUAUAUAUAUAUAUAUAUUGAUCAUAUAUAUACAUAUCAAUCUUGAAGAAGCUAUAUACAUAUACAUGUACACACACAAUGUAUAGCUAUAGCUAAUCAUCAAGCUGCAGCUUGCCUGUGUAAUAUAUUGGGAAUUGAGAGCAGAUCACGGUGGUUGUGUAAGGGCAAAAUGAACAGCGUCGCUAAUAAGGUUGCGGUGAUUGGAAGUGGAAUCGUGUCGAACGAUACAGUUUCAGGAGCAGUUUGUGCCUCAGCGCUUGCAAAGAAUGGUGUGUCUGUCUCCGUCUUCGAGCUUGGUAGAGGACCGGGUGGUCGUAUGUCGCAGAGAAGGGAAAAUACUGGAGAUGGAAAUGAACUGCUGUUUGAUCAUGGUGCUCCAUUUUUCACUGUCGCCAAUCCUGACGUUUUGGCUCUGGUUCAUGAAUGGGAAUCCCGAGGUCUCGUGGCUCCGUGGAAAGAAAAUUUUGCCACCUUUGAUUGUACCACCAAGAAAUUUGUUGACAUCCACCAGGUUCUCAUCUAGUCUUAAUAUUGCUCUUCUGGGUGCAUCUUUGCGAAAUUGACUAUCCUGCUCUCACUCUUGACAUUGCGCUCUCUGCCACAUAUUAUUUCUAUAUCUUGGUUAAUGGGCAACAUUCUUUUCUUUUUGGUUUAUGAUAACAAAAGGUUGCCAUGAGCAGAUUCGGAAAAUUGCUUUUUCUCUUAUUCUGUAAUCAGCUGGGCUUGACAAUAAAAAUCUCUCUGCCAUCCAUCUUAUUGCUGGAUAAUGCAUUUGAAAUCUACAAACAGAAUAAUAGAAUAAGUUGCAUUGUUGCUGAGAAUUAGUUAGAUUAAGAAUUGAUGAAUAUAGGUGGUAGAUUAGUAAAUGUAAAAGAUAUAAGUGGGAUGAAUGAAGGAAGCCUCUCCCUUUUGUUUCUCUCUAUCUCUUUCUUUUUUUAUAUCUAUUUUAACUAAAGUUUGGUCGCAUCUUUGCAGCACAUACAAGUUUUACUUGUAUCAAGCACAUUGGCCAUAUCUUGGAUUUAAAUGUUUAAAUCUCUGUGAUUUCCGUUCCAUGUAUCUUAACUGGGUGGGCCAGACCACAGAAUUGCACCACUGUCCGUUUUAAUCUUCCAACUGAAA